AAAUUCUAUCGCUAUUUAUCGCUUAUCUCGUUUAUCCAUAUAAGGUGGAAUUAUAUUGUUAUCAUUCGUUGUCGAGCAAUCAGCCUGGCAAGAUGAGGGCGUUAGUAUUAUUAUUAACGCUAUUAACUACGACUUUUGCAACUCAGUUGUCUAUAGAUGGCAUAGAGGAUUUGUUUAAAAAAUACGUAAAAAAUGAGUUGAGUGAGUCGGAAUCUCAACAGCUGCAGGAUGUCAUCGAUAUUCUGCACCGACCAGAGCAUAUAUCCAGAGCGAAUUUCGAGGACGCUCCAGAAUUCAGAACGACCUUUGACUGCUUGAUAUGUCGAAGUGCGUUUGCUACUGUUUUUGAAGGUGUGAAGAACGGUCAAUCAGAUGAGGAAAUCACGCAAGUAGUUAUCAACCUCUGCUCAGUUUUGGGAAUUGAAUCUUUCCACGUUUGUGAGGGAGCUGUUGGGACUAAUGUGCCCAUAAUAACACACAUCAUCAGAACAACACCAGCUGCAACACCUAGAGCAUUUUGUGGACUCGUACAACAAAAUGCCGGAAGCCCCGAUGCUUGCAGAAUUGACGACCCUAGGUUCGAAUGGCAGGUUGAACUACCCGAUCCAGCGCCGACUACCAAUGUCCCAACCCCCGAUCGUUUACCACUGAAAGUCGCUGUCAUCACUGACGCUCACAUUGACCCAAUGUACGAAGCACAUGGAGUAGCCGAGUGCGACGAACCAGUAUGCUGCCGAAAAGGACAAAAACCCGCUCUGCGAUACACCUACAAAUCUAACGUAGAUGAAUCUAUAAUUGAAGAAAGUAUUAAGAACAGUACCGGCGGCGUUGUACUUGAUUUGAGUGUGGCUUCGAAAAUACGUGAACUAAGAAAGUCUUCCCAAACAAGAUUCAUGGCGCCACGAAACGCACAACCGGCCGGAUAUUGGGGCGAUUAUAGAAACUGUGAUACACCGCUUUGGGCGUUUGAUAACGUUAUUGAUACCAUUACUGACUCACAUAAGGGAAUUGACGUAGUCUACUACAUAGGAGACACUAUAGACCAUGGCGUUUGGGAAACAUCGUAUGAAUUGAUCGAAGAUAUGAACAGGCACGUCAUUGACAAAAUAAGGAAAAACUUCGGGGACAACGUACCUGUAAUUCCUGUUAUCGGCAAUCAUGAAUCUCAGCCUACAAAUCAAUUUGCACCUUCUUCUGUGGUGGGCGAUCAUUUAAACACAACCUGGUUAUAUGAAGGCCUUGCCAGGAAAUGGCGUUAUUAUCUGACUGAAGAAGCAAAGAAACAUUUACGUGAUCGAGGGGAAUUCUCUUUAGUAGUCAGACCGGGGUUACGAGUUAUUACCUUAAAUAACAAUGUAGCUUACAAAUAUAAUUGGUGGCUAGUCUACGAUCCCCUAGACCAGAAACGGCACUUGGACUGGUUGAUAGAAGAGCUAUACAAAGCAGAGCAGGCUGGAGAAAAGGUUCACAUUUUGGCACACAUCCCUCCAGGAGUCAGCGAUCUUACACUCACGUGGACCAGAGAAUACAACAAAAUCGUUAACAGGUUUUCGAAGACUAUAGCGGCUGAAUUUAACGGUCACACUCACUCGGACGAGUUCAAGAUUUUCUACAGUCUAACGGAUGGCAGUCCUAUCAACGUAGCGUGGGGGGCUGGAAGCACAACUAGCUAUACUUUCUACAACGUCAACUAUAAAAUAGUUGAAUUUAACCCUGUUACUUAUCAACCAGAAAGUAUUGUAAACUACGUCUACAACCUAACUGAAGCGAAUCUAUGGCCGAACCGCCCACCUCAUUGGUUCCAACUUUACGACAUGAAAAACACAUUUGGACUCGCAGAUCUAUCUGCUGCUUCCAUGAACGACUUAGUAUUUAGAAUGGUCACAACCAAUAGAGAAUUGUUAGACUUGUAUUCAGCCUUCUUUUCAAAAGUGAGCGAUGAUCGCAUGGGCUGGUGCAACGAUUGGUGCAAAAUAGAUAACCUUUGCAAAACUGUUGUCACUGUAUUAUGGCAAAGGCAGAAGUGUGAUGAAUUACAAAGACUUUUCUGGUAAAGAAAAGUGAUAGGAUGCUACAUUUAUUCUUUUAUGGCUUAAAGAAGCUACUGAGACAAAGUUAUUUGAAACCUAAGCAGAAUGUUGGAAGAAAGCCAUUCUAUAAAAUUGUAACCUCCAGCCCUUUUAAAUCAUUUUGAGUGAU